GCCACCAAUUCAGGUGUCGCGUCUCUUCGUUUUAUUUUCGAAACAAUCUAAAUUGAUUUUACGCAUUUUAUCAAAAUCGCGGAUUGGUUCCGCAAUUUUAAGAGAACCGAGGAUAUUAACUUUGAUUUUUCGCGAAUUCGUGUCGGAAACUGUACACACAAGUUUCAUAGAUCGAUUACACAUUUCCAAAUCUUAUCAAACAUUUCGCAAGGUCGGCGAAGUACUUUUCCUCUGUUACUUAAAUUAAAGAUUUUAAAGACCGAAGGAAACAAAUGUCAAUAUUCGGAAAAUACAGCGUCUAGUCACUAGUGCGAAAUGAGGUUAUACCACGCGAAUCGUCGAGAUUUCCUAAUUCUUGUUAUUGAUCGCAUUUGAAGCUGUUUGUACUCAAGACGAUUCGUAUUUUUUGCAUUAGAAGAAUCUAUUGUUGAAUUGCACAGGAGCGGUUCAUUGAAACUUGUUUAUCAUAAUUGACAGAGCAGUUUGCACUUUGCACCACUUGUUAUCGCAUGAUUCGAUCGUUUUCUCAACGUAUCUCGAAGCGAAUCGUCUUACACGUCCAACAAGAACGUCGAGAACGGACAGCGGAAAAUUAAUCUGAAAAAAUGUCGCUCUCCAAGCCGACCAAUAUCAUGUACAAUCUCAUCGGUGCGUACCUACAGCGGCUGUACAUCAGUCCUUUGAGAACAAAAGCUAUAACGAGUUGUAUUAUUGCCGCUCUUGGAAAUGUGGUGUCUCAGAAACUGUCUGGUGCAAAACGGCUUAACGAAGACAGUAUCUUGGCCUAUGCUCUAUUUGGCCUGUUGUUUGGAGGACCAGUACCCCAUUACUUUUACACAUAUGUAAGACUAUUCGUGCAGAAUCCUCUGGGGAUACUUCUGAUAGAGAGACUCAUUUACACACCGUGUUUCCAAGCACUCGCGCUCUACCUGCUUGCCAUUUUCGAAGGCAAAUCCCAUCCAGUGGCAUGUGCUCACAUGCAAAGAUUAUAUUUGCCAACAUUGAUGGCUAAUCUGAAGUACCUGACGCUAUUCCAUUUCAUCAAUAUAAAAUUUGUCCCACCAAUGUUAAGAGUCUUGAUGGCGAAUCUCGUUGGUUUCAUAUGGGUUAUCUAUCUUACUAAUAAGAGAGCUAAUAAGAAAGCUUCGAAAGAAAAGUAAAAGAACGCGAGAAUCUAUUUGUAAUCAUUGUUAUAAAUAUUUUUGUAACUAUAUGUAAUAUGUUAAUGCAUAUAAUGCGUAAAAUGUGCUAAAUGAUGCUUCUUGAGGGAGUUCGACUGCUAAAUCAAAAUGAACAGAUUUUCAUGAAACUUUGUAGAGAAGUUCAAAUUAGUGAUAUAAAUGGACUGAAAAUGUUAGAAAGCUGAACUAGCUAAUUGUUUAGAUAUUAAAUAUUUUAUUAGCAUGGACUCUUAAGGGAAUCGAUGAAUUUUCAAUAUUUUUCAGUUUUUAUUGUCAUAUCAAACGUAGAAGCAAUGAACAGAUGUUAGUAAAACUUUACGAUACAUCUUAGCUGUCUAGAAAAGUACUGUUAAAUUUUUGCACUUAAUGCAAAUAAUGCACUUGCUCAUUUGAGUGAAAUAAUUGAUAAGAAAAAAUUUACAAUAACCGAAGUAAUACAGCACGUAAGUGUGGUAAAUGUAUGCUAGUGAUAUAAUAUGUAUUUCAAAUUGUUGUAUUUAGUUAUCUAAGGAUGGUAUAAUAGUGAAGAAUGAUAAUUCUCAAUUAAAAAAAAAUUAUUUCAGUAAUGAAAGUAGUACCUUAUAACCGAAUUUUUUCUUAUAUUCACCAUUAUUAACUUUAGAUCAUAUACAGCAAAAAAAUAGCCAACAAAAUGGUCAUUUGAAUAUUUUGUAUUACUUGAACCCCUGUACCACUUGCUGUGCCAGGCCUGAGCAGAGGAACUCCCUUAGUUGUAAAAAAAAAGAAAUACUUUACGAAUAACGUGUAACAAAUUUGUCAAGUACUAACGGUACUUAUUGUUUGUAUGUACAAAGCGAAACAAUAUUAUGUUAAUAAUGCAUUGCAUCGUUGAUUCGUUGAUUUAAGAAAUGUAUAAAAUGUAUCUAUAUGUUGUAACAUAAUGGAAUUGGAAUUGUGCUAUAUAUAAAUAAAAUUAAUAUAGUUUCAACAGA